AAUGUCGAGAAGCUAGUAGAGCGAGCAGCCGGACACAAAUAGAUGAGCUUUCUUGAUGCUAGUUCGGGUUACCACCAGGUUCAGCUGUUGUUGGACGACCAGGAGAAAACAGCUUUUUACGCUGGUGACGCAAUCUACUGCUACGUGAUGAUGUCGUUUGGCCUGAAAAAUGUUGGUGCAACAUAUCAGAAACUGGUGCAAAUCAUCUUUAAGCUCCAGAUCGACAGAAACAUAGAAGUAUAUGUGGACGACAUGAUAGUCACCAGUGUACGAGCUGAAGAUCACAUAGGCGACCUGAAGUCAGGAAAAUUCCUAGGGUACGUGGUAUCCAAGAAAGGAAUUGAAGUAAAUCCAGAGAAGGUUCAGGCCGUUCAGCAGAUGGAGCCGCCCAAGACUGUCAAAGAUGUGCAGCAUUUGACGGGCCGUGUCGUUGCACUACAUAGAUUCAUAGCCAGGUCGGCAGAAAGAUGCCUCCCGUUCUUCAAAGCCCUACGAGAGCCCAAGAACUUUCAAUGGACAGAUGAGUGUCAGCGGGCAUUUGACGAGCUCAAACAAUAUCUUACAUCAGCACCCCUGCUAUCCAAGCCUAUGCAAGGAGAAAGUUUAUACCUGUAUCUAGGGGUUACGGAGGAGGCGGUGAACUCGGUCCUACUUAGGGAAGAGAAUAGAAAUCAGAAGUCCAUCUGCUACGUGAGCAAGGUUUUACAAGGCGCCGAGCAGAACUACCCACUAGCAGAAAAGGCUGCUUUUGCUUUGAAGCCGGAACUCUCUAGUCGGCUUAUCAGGUGGAGAGUCAAGCUGAGUGAGUAUGACCUCAAAUUUCAACCGCGCACAACCAUAAAGGGCCAGGCUGUGGUAGACUUCUUGGUGGAGUGUAUCUCAGCAACUGUGGAAGAAAAGGCACCCGAACACCCAGUCUGGGUUUUGUAUGUUGAUGGAGCUGUUAACGUGGAAGGAUCGGGUGCUGGGGCUGUGUUAGUGGGCCCGGAUGGAUUUAAAUCCGAGCAUGCAUUACGAUUUAAAUUUCAAACCACUAACAAUGCUGGAGAAUACAAAGCCCUCAUUUAUGGAUUCAAGCUGGCGUCUGAGCUGAAGGUACAGAGCAUUCAGGUUUUUAGUGACUCUCAACUCGUGGUGGCCCAGGUAAAUGGCAGCUGUGAAAUCAGGGAUCCUCAGCUUGGCCGUUAUGCUUCUGUGGUCAACAAAUUGAAGUCAGGAUUUGUCUCCUUCCAGAUCGACAAAAUACCAAGAGCAGUGCUAGACACCCCAAGCUACACCAAUUCCACAAUCGAGUGUCAGCUACUAAGCAUAGAUCCCUCUUCACCGAGCUGGACUGUCCCGCUCAUUAAUUAUUUGAGAAGUGGCGAGCUACCUGAAGAUCCGUUCGUUGCAAAGUUGGUUAGACGCACGGCGGCGCAUUUCACUUUGGUAGAUAAUCAGCUCUACAAGCGAGCAGCCUCAAUGCCCCUAUUACGCUGCUUUACUCCUUAUGAAGCUGAAUACACCGUGAGGGAAGUCUAUGAAGGAGUAUGCGACACGCACAUAGGUGGCAAGACUUUAGCUUGGAAACUCCAAAGGCAUGGGUAUUACUGGCCAACUAUGGUUGAGGAUGCGUAGAACUAUGUCAAAAAGUGCCCGACCUGCCAGUUCA